AUGGAGAAGGCAAAUGAAUCUGAGUAUGGCAAGAAAGGGCAGGAAAGCUUACUAGAGAAGGAGAUAAGCAAGCCUGAGAUGAUGCCUCUGCACCAAGCAGAUUUGGAUUCUCUUGGAGUGAGAGGAAAAGAGACAGAGACAGGCAAGAGGUUCAACGGAGGGAAUCUCUACAAACAAGCCAUUGAUUAUCAACUCCUCAGAUCGACAGGAAGGGUCCCACAGCAUAUUUACAGGCCAAAGACAAAGAUACCGCAAGUAGACGAAAAUGAUGCCAUCUUGGACCCAGACUUUGUUGUUCCGGACUUUGCGAAAGACCCGGCAAUAAACUUCAAGGUGAAGAUGCAGGACCACAGGGCUCUUGAGAAAUACUUCUCUAGUGGGCACGAGAUUGACGUGGAGCAACUAUUUCCUCAUGUGAAGAAUGUUUCAAACAACAGUCCCAACAAGUGGCCAACAAAUAGUGGUGGGGGAUGA